AUGGGUGACGCUGCCAGCCUGCAGGUGCCCUUCUUCACCUUCCCUCCCCAACAGCCCGGGGAACCUUCCACUCGCAAUUGGUAUCAAGAACUUCUGGACCAUCCGGAAUGUGCCAACAAUCCCGCCAAGAUACAAGAAGCCUACGAAUCCUUCCGAACCGCAAGCCUAGAGCGAUCGAUUGGCCUGCUCCGCCCGACAUCGCAGCGCAUCACUCCCGACAAAGCGCUCAUCCGCUACCUCAAGCUGCAAACCGACGAGACGGACGCAGCCCAGGAGAUCGAGCAGCUGAGCCAGCAAGAUGUGAAUUGCCUGGUCAUCUGGACGCGUCCCGACCCACCGAUCAUGCGCCUGCUCCUCGAUAUCCAGCGCCGGUUGUCGCGAUUCGUAGGGCCUGACCUCCAUCUCACCCCACCUGCAUCCCUCCAUCUCUCCGUCAUCGAGCUCUCCCACCGCCACCCGAUCGCCCACCUCCGCGAGGUCUACGCCCACAUCGGCGAGCCGCAACUCAAGGAGCUCCUCGACACCCCCCGCAACGAGUACCACCGAGACCAGCGGCACAUCGCCCGCCUCGUCAAGCCGAAACUCCUCUUCGACAAGCUAGGCGUGGCGAUCAGUUUCGUCCCUGCCGCUGCGGACGACGACGACGACGACGAGAGCCCGUACACGUAUCAUCAUCUCCGGAACCAGCUGCAUACGAGGGCGCUGACCACCGGGGUGAGCAUCGAUACGUGUUAUACGGCGCCGAUUGCGCACGUCACGCUCGGUCGGUUUGUGGGGACUGCUUUUUUCCAAGGGGAGGGGGCGGGGGUCGGUGAUGGCCCGGGCAAGGCGGAAGAGCAAGAGAGAAGGGCGAUGGAGCGGUGGGUGGGUCUGAUCAUGGAGAUCAAUGAGGAGUUGGAACGGGAGUGCUGGGGGCAGGUGGUCUGGGAUGUCGGGCGGCGGACGGCGUUGGAGAUUCAGUUGGGGUAUAUCAAGUUCGGACGUGGGGUGGAGGAGGCUGAAUUGGUUGGGGUGCCGAUCGAGGAGUAG